AAGUCCCAUUUAGAAAGCCACAACUCUUUUUAUACACGUUUCUCUUACUCUGUCCAUUCUGAAGAACCUGAUCUUAAGUGCAGAGUACCAUGAGUGUGGAGAAGAAACAACCCAGGCAGCAAUGCUGCUCCAAACUGAAGAGUUUUCUGGCCGCCUUGUCUUUUGUCUUCUUUGCCAAAGCAUUUCAGGGCAGUUACAUGAAAAGCUCAGUGACACAGAUAGAGAGACGCUUUGACAUUCCCAGCACCCAAAUUGGAUUCAUUGAUGGAAGCUUUGAAAUUGGCAACCUGUUGGUGAUUGCAUUUGUGAGUUAUUUUGGAGCAAAACUUCACAGACCUAGACUGAUUGGAGUGGGAUGUCUGAUCAUGGCUACUGGUUCCUUCAUCACUGCCCUGCCUCACUUUUUCCAGGGACCGUACCAGUAUGAGACGUCAAUCACACAUUUCUCUGAAUCCAAUGAGACUGAAUCCAUUCUCCCAUGUCUUCCAACUGGGAGCCAUUCACAAGUGGAUGAAUCUAGCACACAUGAGAGCCAAACAGAGUGUGAGAAAACGGCAGGAUCCAAUUUAUGGGUCCUUGUGUUUCUGGGUAACAUGCUACGAGGGAUUGGGGAGACUCCAGUGAUGCCUCUUGGAAUGUCUUACAUGGAUGACUUUGCCAAAGAAGAGAACACAGCUUUAUAUAUUGCAUGUAUACAGUGUUCUGGUAUCCUGGGGCCUAUGGUUGGCUUUAUGCUGGGUUCCUUUUGCGCCAGAAUUUAUGUGGAUUUUGGAGCUGUAGACUUAGACAACAUAUCAAUAACCCACAAAGACACACGUUGGGUGGGAGCCUGGUGGCUUGGCUUCAUAAUCACUGGUGCUGUGAUGUUACUGGCUGGAAUCCCAUUCUGGUUCCUGCCCCGGUCACUACCUAAGCAAACAGAGGGCAACGAUAGGAAAGAUCAAGGAGUCCAUCACAGCGAACAAGAUUCUUUAAUCGGAGUGGAGAGCACUUCACCACCUGAGAAAGCUGACCCUGGCAACAUGGUUGCCAUGGCCAAAGAUUUCCUGCCAUCUUUGAAGAGGCUUUUCAGUAACUACAUAUACGUGCUUAUCAUCUGCACUGGUUUGGUCCAGGUCAGCUGCUUUAUUGGAAUGAUCACAUUUAAGCCCAAGUACAUGGAACAGGUUUAUGGCCAGUCUCCAUCCAAGGUUAUCCUACUGAUAGGCAUUAUGAAUUUGCCUGCCGUGGCUUUGGGAAUUGUCUUAGGAGGCUUUGUGAUGAAAAAGUUCCAACUGAGCGUACUUGGUGCAGCCAAGAUGUCCAUUUCCGCUUCUUUUCUCGCUUUUGUUCUCAUGCUGAGCCAGUUCUUCCUGCACUGUGGAAAUUCAGAGGUGGCAGGGCUUACUGUGUCCUAUGGGGGUUUUCCGAACAUUUCCACCCAGCAGCAGAGUUUGGUGUCCCAGUGUAACUCAGGGUGCUCCUGCUCUCUGAAACACUGGGACCCAGUAUGUGCCUACAACGGCCUGACAUAUUCCACACCCUGCCUUGCAGGCUGCCAAAGCUCCACUGGAUACGGCAAGGAAAUGGUCUUUCACAACUGCUCAUGUGUUGCUGAAGCACCACUACCUAGUAUAAACAUGUCUGCAGUGUUGGGGCAGUGUCCACGCAAGGACAACUGUGACUACAUAUUUAAGAUUUACAUGGUGAUGACUGUAUUAGGGGCCUUUGUCACAGCCAGUGGAGCCACUCCUGGAUAUAUUGUUCUGCUCAGGUCUAUUCAACCAGACUUAAAGUCUUUGGCCCUUGGAAUGCAGAUGUUGAUAGUCAGGACUCUGGGUGGAAUACCCCCUCCAGUAUAUUUUGGAGCUUUGAUUGACAGGACAUGUCUGAAGUGGGGAACAAAGCGAUGUGGAGGCCGAGGUGCAUGUCGACUCUACAACGCUGAUGCAUUUAGAGUGACUUUCUUGGGACUCAUCUACGGAUUGUCUGCUCUGGCCUUGCUGCUCUUGGUACUACUGUAUAAAAGACUAUCACACCAACAACAACAGCUGGCACUGCAAAACCAGACCAAAGACUCAGAUCCAGAAGCCAACAACAUGUCCAAGGAUAAUGGAAAUGCCCCAUCAGCUAUUGUCAAGUGCAAAGAAGAGCUGGAUAGAGAGACCAGUAUCUGAAUUCUUAUGUGGCAAAAUCAACCAUGUUCUAUAAGCUCUUAUGCUGAUUACAUGAUGAAAAUCUUGUACAGUGUACAGUUUGUGAUGGGAGCUUUUCUGUGCUAGGAAUUAUCUUACAAGUAUGUGUUCCUGAAAUUGCUUGUUAUAACACAUGCUCUUUGACUGAGCCAAUUAUUUUGUAUUUUAAUCAGUAUUUUUGUGACAUCUUUAAUAAUACCUUCUCAUUUUUUUUUUCAUUUGUAUCUUAAUUGUUUUAUAGAUUUAAAAUGAUAAUGUAGGGAGAUCUGAUAAAAAGUGAAUUAGUGGAUUUUUACAGAUUAUAAUUCUGACCUUAACCUUUAUGUUCCUUUGAUUUUAGAGCUGCAAUUAUAUAUGUCACCAGUUUUACAAAAUGUAUUACACACAACAUAACAAUUUUUAUCUUGACUGACCAGAAGUGUUAAGAAAGGUGUAUAUUUAAAUCUCUGUACGUCUAAAAAAAUUAAUAGGUUUUUAAUAAUAAUUACAGUAUCUGGAUGGAGCUGACAAAGAAAAACAAAAUACAGUUAUGGCAUGUUCAUGUAUUUUAUUCACACAAGAGGUCAUUUCAAAAUAAUAGCUAGUUUUCUGAUUAUUAGUUCUUAAAUAUCUCCAAAACAUUUUUCAGCUUUUUUUUUUUUUUUUUUAACUACAGUUUGAAACGGUUUGAUGUAAUGAUGUUUAGAAGGUUCUGAUUGGCCAUUUGUUAGGGUCAGUGAGAGUGAACUUGUAACUACAUUCAUAAACACUUUUAGCUUGCAUGUAUUUAGUGGCCUUAGAAUUUUAGCUAGAUUUUUCCCCCAUUCUUCACAACAAAACUGGUUUAACUUAGUCAGUGUAAUGUUUUCAUUUCAGUUUUCUAUUGGAAUUCAGGUCCUAGCUGAUGUUUAUAAGUUUAUCUUGGUAAAAAUAUGGAGCUAUGCCAAUAGUAUUAUUGUCCUGUUUUUAGACCGGUUUGUCUUGAAGUGCUACUUCAGUAUUUAUAGAUACUCAGGAUAAUUCUCAGGAUUACUGAAGUGCACCACUAUAACACAGCAUGAUGCUGCCACCUUUUUAAUUCAGACUUAGGAUACUGUUCUUCAGCUUAAUAGGCUUACCCUUCAUGUUCUACAUAAUAAUUAUUUAUGACCUAACAGUUAUAUGUUUUGUUUUAUUUGAUCAGAGAUUAAGUCUUCAUCUCGCUAAUCACCUUCAAACUUCAGUCUGGCUUUUUUCCUAGUCCAGGUCAUCCACAACCGUAGUCGAGUGUUGAAUGCACCAGUAGAGGGAAGCAUUGCUGUGUCUCUUGUGCAGUGUCGGGACAGAUCAGGUUGGAGCAGCAGGUUCCACUAUAUACUGUCCUGUCUGAAAGUACUGGAAAGGCAAGGCCAUCUCUAUUGAUUUUGCUAUACUUUUGAAACAUUUGGGUUUAAGAUCAUAAGAUCAACAUAAAAUGACAUUAGAAAUUCAGCUUUAAAUUUCUGAUAUUUAAAAUCUUUUAGUUAUUAAAAAUUUAAAACAUGGCACUUUUCCUGGUAAACCACCCAAUUUUUAACCUUUAUGUUCCUUUAUAUGAUAUAAAAUCUUUCUCCUGCCAUUAAUUUUUUUUUAUUUUAAUUAAUCAAGAUUUUUGUUGUUUGUUCCAUUUCUAAGGACAUCCGUUUUGUUUCUACCACUUGCUGAAUAGGCUAAAUGUAAAAGAAACAUCCAUAUGGAUCAGUGUGUUGUAUUUCUGAAGGAACAUCAAACUCAGAGACAUGAGUCUGAUGACUGAUGACUGGUGACUAUAUAGGAAUAGAAUGACAAACCAUUGCUUGUCUUAUUAUACACUGUAUAGCAUUUAGUGCUCCCCUAUAUAUGAAUAAAAUCUUUGUUUGUGUUUGUCUUCCUAAAAUUGAGAACUACAUACACAAAUUUUUCAGAGAAGACGGAUGUUUCGCAUAAAUGUCGUAAGCAAAUAUGUAGACAAACUUUCCAGAGAAGCAGGAUGUUUCAGUUUAAUAUCCUUCAUCAGCAAACAUGUAGACAAUGUUUCCAAACAAACAAUUUCAUUUUGGAAUGAAUUUUCCUUAUCGCCAAUGUCUCUUACUGGACUGUGAAAUUCAUUUCUUUUGCUAUCUGGUUAAACACCGAUGUCACUUGGGGAUUAAGUGGAUUAAAAGAUACAACCAAAUAUUAAGUAUUAUUUACUUUAAUUUAUUUUAAGACUAUUUAUUUCAAUGCCAACAUGUUCAUGAUUCCUGCACAAGCAAUUCCUCUGCCUAAGAAUGUACAGCAAAAUGUACUGAAAUUCAGAAUACUCUGAACUGCUAUUUGUAAUCAUUUUUUUUUAUGACAUUUACAACAGACAGUAUGCCUAACCCUAUCCCACUGAGAAAGCAGGGCCAAUUUAAAUCUAUUAAAUCUAUAAAUCUAAAUUCAACUCUUUUAAAAUGUGUUUUUGUCAUAAUAUAUGCUGCUUGCUGUGUAA